UCAACUGGGCAGGUAACGGUUAACUCCUCCACAAGUGGGGAAAAUAUGUCGAACUAAACAGAGUUGGGGGGUGAGAAAGCCGGAUUUCCUGAGCACAUUCAAACUGCAUCAACGGGAUUAUUGCUUGGCGACAAAGAGGAGAAAAUUAAAAAACAUGUUGGAGCCGUGCGUAAAAAAUCCGCAAGAUUCCUGAGAGGGGUUGAUCGUUAAGAGGGUGGAUUGGGCCAAAGUGCGACUUGAGGAGACGCUUAUUCAUGCAAAUUCAUAAAAUCAUAGGCGUGCCUUUGGGCGAUGGAGUCACGGCCGGAAAAGCAAACCCCCUCCUGGAUCACCAGCGACCUUCAAAGACUGUGAUGCGCAGCGCUCGGACGCAUUGACUGUGACACCGGGGCAAAUGUUUUAAAAGCACUGAGGGGAGAGAAGAGAAAGUUAGGUCUCGUUUUCCACACGCUUCUUGACUGGCUGCACUUCUUCCUCAACACAACAGCUCGACUGCUGCGCAACUGGAUCUCCAACCACAGGCUUAUUGCUGUCACUAUUUGACUUGGGUCUUCAAUAUUUUUUUACUCUAUUUCUUUAUGUUCGCUGUCAAUUUGGACGACUUCAGAUCGUAAGAAUCCUCAUGCAUAGGAAGCUUCAGUUACCUAGAAUUAGUGCGUAAAGACGCGAUCACUUCAUUUGUUCUUAUAUUUUAAGAACACUACGCAUUUUUUUUUCUUUUUUCUUUACAUCGCUGAGGACUUUUCACCAUGUCAGAGGACGACAGUAGCUCCACCGCCAGCUCUAUGUCUGACCCUGAAGGCAGCAACGUCAGCGUCCUGAACUGGGAGCAAGUGCAGCGGCUGGACGCCAUCCUGACGGAGACCAUCCCGAUCCACGGCCGCGGGAACUUCCCCACCCUGGAGAUGCAGCCGAGGCAGAUCGUCAAAGUGGUGCGCAGGCGGAUGGAGGAGAAACAGAUCCACGUCCGGGACGUUCGGUUAAACGGCUCAGCAGCCAGCCACAUUCUGCAUGGGGAUAGCGGACUGGGCUAUAAGGACCUCGACCUCAUAUUCUGCGCAGAUAUGAAAGGGGAAAGGGAUUUCCAGACUGUGAAGGACAUAGUUUUGGACUGCCUCCUGGAUUUCUUACCCGACUGUGUGAAUAAAGAGAAAAUAAGCCCGUUAACAUUAAAGGAAGCCUAUGUGCAGAAGAUGGUGAAGGUGUGUAAUGACUCAGACCGCUGGAGUCUCAUCUCCCUCUCCAACAACCGCGGAAAGAAUGUGGAGCUCAAGUUUGUGGACUCCCUCCGGCGGCAGUUUGAGUUCAGCGUGGACUCCUUUCAGAUCAAGCUGGACUCCCUGCUGCUGUUCUACGAGUGCUCAGAGAACCCGAUGGCCGAGACCUUCCACCCCACCAUCAUGGGCGAGAGUGUGUACGGGGACUUCAGUGAGGCCCUGGACCACCUGCGUCACAAGUUCAUCUGCACCCGGAACCCGGAGGAGAUCCGGGGUGGGGGCCUGCUGAAGUACUGUCACCUGCUGGUGAGGGGCUUCCGGGCCGCAUCCGAGUCCAAGAUGAAGUCCCUGCAGCGCUACAUGUGCUCACGCUUCUUCAUUGACUUCUCUGACAUCGGCGAGCAACAGCGCAAGCUGGAGUCCUAUCUUCAGAACCACUUUGUGGGCCUGGAGGACCGCAAGUACGACUACCUGAUGACCCUCCAUGGAGUGGUCAACGAGAGCACGGUGUGCCUGAUGGGACACGAGAGGCGGCAGACCUUGGGGCUCAUAGCCAUGCUGGCGGUGCGCGUUCUCGCCGAGCAGAACGUCAUCCCCAACGUGGCUAACGUUACAUGUUACUAUCAACCCGCCCCUUAUGUGGCAGAUGGGAACUUCAGUAACUACUACAUAGCACAGGUUCAGCCGAUGUUCGCUUGCCAGCAGCCUGCAUACUCCACCUGGCUGCCCUGCAACUGAGUCAGCCCCGAGGAAAGGUGGAGGGACAGAAUCUGAUUUGUUUAAACAAGAGCCUGCGGCGUGGUUGCCUCCUCAUUCCUGCCCAGUGUUUGACAGCUGACAGAAAGAAAAGGAGUCCUCUUUUUAAUGUUUUGCCUCAAAGCCUGUUUUUAGCUUUCACUUCGAGUACAUAUUUCGAUGUGAAUAUCUCACAUUUUCUCGAAAAGGCUUACUGAUCCCGCCCAGGCCAGCCAGGUUUGGAAAAGACUAAUUUGCGGUAGCUUGGAAAUAAAAGGCUCAAUGCAACAGCAGAACUGUCAUCGAAACUGUGCGAGACGGAUUGAAGUCUGUCAAUAACUAAUUAGCCAGCACGUUCCGACAGCAGACCAAAUGGCUGCAUCAGUGCCCUGAAGUUGACAGCAACACACACGCACACGCACACGCUCACACACUCACACACUCAAGGUGAAAUCAGAGGUGUGUGCACGAGGGCUCCAAAACGAGCACCCCUAGACUCUGCUUCACAUCAGCUUAACUGAAGUGGGAUGCUGUGAAACUAGUUUGGAUGACAAACUGGCAUCUCCGCCUUGCAUUUGGAUAUCAUUAUGGUUGUUUACAGACCAAAGAUUUUUGCUUUCGAUUGUUUCUAACAUUAAAACCCUAUUUUGAUGGGGAGAAAAAAAAAGAAAAAAAUUAAUCUGUGUCUAUUUGUACAUGUCGAGAUUUAUGUGUUUGUAUCAAGUGCCUAUGAAAGAAUGAGCAGGCCAUAUGAUUUUUCUUUUGUGAAUUCGCUCCACUGUGUUUGUAGCCAGGCACACCAGACAAUAGUACCCCAGAGGCUUGUGAAUGUACACGUGAACUCAUGCAGCAAGUGUUUGUUUAUGCUCGGAUGAAAAAAGAUCACCAUGUGUUACUGUGGACCUCGCAGUUAAGUAGCAGUCAAAUGUGCACGCCGCUCUUGAUUGGAAAGAGAUUCUCAUUUUUCACGUGCGGUAUUUGGAAAUGCAAAAAUGUUGUCUCCUCAGAGUGAGAACCCAGAAGUGUUGCAAAUUAAAACAGGUAUUGCAUAAUGUGUGAAGAGAAAGGAUGACCAGCAUUGCCAGAUUAUCGUUGAUAAAGGAAACUCACACACACAAUUUCCUGUAUAUUUUGUACAGAGGUGCUUCUCCUGUUUCUCAUCAAAACAUGUUCACAAGAAGUAGAUAAGAGACAGAGAGAGAGAGAGAGAGAGAGAGAGAGAUGCAUUCAGAGAGCUGGUGUCUGUUCCCUAUGCUUCCUCCUACAAGAAGAAGGGUAUUUGCGGAGACACCUCAGACGAUGAGACACUAUUUGCUGUAGCACCCUGGCAGGGAAUUCCUCAGCUGCUGCUGAAGAGCUUGAAUUUAGCUGGGGUUGCGUCUGCAAACGCUCCAUUCAGGGUUCAGAAGAAUGUUGUGCUAAACAAUUCGCUGACAGCCGCUGACAGCCCUGAAGUUUGACGGGGGUGAUGCUGUGUUAAUAUAGAAGACGGGGAGAUGGACAGCAGAGGGAGAGAAAGGAUAAUGUAGUGGUUAGAAGGCGGCGAGGGAGUGAGUGUGUCGGUCUGGAGAGAUGGGUGCAGCUGGUGAUGGGGUUUAUCUCCAGGGCUACCAUGCUUUACUGUACAAACUGUCGUGUUCAGGUCAUAACUACGACUUAACGGAGUGCUGCAGCUCUCCUCUGUUUUUUUCUUCUUCAGGGAGACCAAAACAUUCUGUUAUCAGCAUUUUGCUCUCUGUUUUAAUCAUGUGAUUGUUGUUUAAAAAAAAAAGAGUGGAAACUGAAGAAAAGUGCAGACUUUAAGUUGCAAGCUUUGUUUCAUUUGCUUUAAUGAUGCUCAUUCAUGUCUUUUUUUUUGAAUGCGUCAAUCAACACCAUUUUAAAGAACUGUGUACAUAAAUGAUUACAUGCUUCGGCUUUCCUAACUCACUUAUUCCUUGCAAUCUAUACUGCAGCCUUACCGGAUGGCAGAUUGAAAAACAAAACGAGCAUAAAACGGUACAGAAGACCAGCAUCAACUCAAUACUGCGCUGAAAAAAAAAAAAAAAAACUGUCUUUCUCCUCCUCUGACUCGCCUGAUUCUGAUGAUCCAGAACUGCUGUGUUCAGUUGUUACAUCCACAUCGAUGGAUUGUGCAGGCAAUGUAUUGUCCUACUCAGUGAAGUCCGAAACAGCUGACUAGCUCACUAGCUCCAGUCUGCCUGUCAGUUAGAGAUUGUGGGUUACUGCAUUGUCUUGUAUUGCGUUGUCUCGAAUACCUGUUUCUGUUCAUGCAGUCUUUUAUGAAUCACACUUUGAAAAGAGAUGGAAAAAGAUCUUUGUCUUGUAUGUAUAUUUUUUAUGAUUGCUAUUUUUUUUUUUAUAAGUGUACCACUGCCGGUGUUGCAGUGCUUUUGAAUCUGUGAUCGGGCUUCAAAGGAUAUGUUCUCAAUAGCUUUUUUGCUAUGUCAUGUUACGUGUCCAAUGGGUCAAAAAGGUUUAAGAUGUUUUCAUCAAUAAAAUAUCUGAAAACCA